GAUUCAUUAGUACAAUUUCAAGCAUCGAGCAUCGAACGUUUUCCGCACCAAAAUUACAUUUCCCUCAACAUGAACAAGCUGCUUAUAUUGGCGCUGUGCCUGGGCGUGGCUACUGCAGAUUUCCAGGGCAGACUCAAGCGGGAUGACUUUCACAGUCGCCACUACACUGCCCACCAGCAAGCCAUCGAGACAGCACGCAAGAAUGCGGGCUAUGGCUCCAGUGGAUCGGCCAGUUUUGGAGCCGGCGUUGGUGGCGAUGCCAGCAGUCUGGGCAACCUGGAAAGCUCCUACGAUUCCGUUGGUGCCGUAGAUGCCGCCGGCCAGGGCAGUGCCAGUGAGUCUUUUGGAGCUGGCUCAAACUUUGGCCUCGAAUCUGGCUUUGGCUCCCAGAAUGCCGCUUCCUUUGGCUCCCAGAAUGCUGCUUCGUACGGUGCCCAGAAUGCUGCCCAGUUCGGUGCCCAGAAUGCCGCUUCCUUUGCCGCCCAGAACGCUGCCCAGUUUGGCUCUUCGUUUGCCAGCAAUGCCGCCUUCAAGACCAGCCACUCGUCCAACUUUGGAGCCGCUGCCGCCCACAAUGUGGGCAGCAAUGUGGAGUUCGCCGACAACUCGAAUGCCGGCGCUGAGGUCAACUUUGGCGCUGCCAACACCUUGAACUCGGAGUCGCAGCUCGUGAAUGGAGUUCAUCAACAGACGGUCCAGACGGCGCCCGUGAGGAGCGGCGCUAAUGUCGAGUACGUUCGCCAUGAGCAGAUUGUGUCCCAGGCACCCAGGCAGAUUGUCUACUCCGCUCCCUCCGGCGGCAGCGAGAAGUACGUGCACCUGGUGGAGCGCGUUGUCGAGCAGCCGGCACCAGUGCAGAUCGUCGCGGCGCCAACCAGCACUCAGCACUUCUACCAGCGCAAGGUCACCACCACGGCAUCGGCUCCCCAGAUUCAGGUGCAGCAGCCAUCCAGCCGUUUGAGCUAUGGCUCCAACUUUGGCUCCAACACAGCCUUCAACACAAACUUUGGCAGCUCCUUCGGCCACUCGGCAGGCCUCAAUGUCCAGCAAGCGGGCAGCUCGCAGCUGCAUCAGCUGAUUAACCAGGCCCAUCAGACAGCCAGACAGCAGGCAGCAUCCGGCACGGUGAGCAGUGGCUCCGGACUGUCCACGGCCGGCGGCUACAACAGUGGCCUGAGUGCCAACCAAGUUGCGGCGACGCAGACGGGCAGUGGCUAUGGAGCCAACGCAGGUUUCGGCUCCAACUCCGCAUUCAACUCGAAUUCCGGCUUUGGCUUCAACUCUGCCAGCUCCUUGAACUCCGCCAGCUCCCUGAACUCUGCCAGCUCCUUGAACUCUGCCAGCGCCUUGAAUGCGGGCAGCAGCGGAUCUCUGCUGAGCGGCUCUCUUCUGAGCGGCUCUCUGCUGGGCGGCACGCAGGGCUCUCUCCUGGGUGGUCAGAGCAACUUUGGUGUCUCCGGUGGUCUUGCCAGCGGACAGCAGCAGCAGCAGCAGCAGGCAUCUGGCGCAGGUAACUUUGGAGCCAGCGGUGCCGGUGCCGGUGCCGGCGGCUACCAGACCAAGCAAUGGGAGAAGCAGUCCAAGUGGUCCUCCCAAUCUGAGUUCGACUCGGAUGGUCAUGUGAAGAACUACAAGGAUCUGGCCACUGGCGAGAGCGAGAACUAUAACGUUAAUGGAAAGCAAUUUGGCUACAACGCGGCCACCGCCUCCGUCGAUGACAACGGCAAGGUCAGCACCUACAGUGUCCACUCCUAAGCAGCAAAUGAGCUUUCGAGCUCUGCAACAGAGCUCUGAGAUUUUGCGAAUGUGUGAAUCUAUGAAGAAAUGAUUAAAUAUUUAAACAUUU